AUGUACCAAUACCAACAAAAAGUCGGCUCAAGCUCGAAGAAUCCGCAAUUCGAAGCGCCGCUGCCAGAUCCGUAUGAAGUCAAGAUGCGCUUCCUGGAAGCGCGCAGACAGCAAAGAGCCGCAGCCCGAAUGGCAGAACUGGCUGCGAAUCCUCUGCAGACUGCAAAACCAGUCAGUAACGAAAAAGGGAAGACGGUAACUCUGCAGAAAGCAAGAACAAUCAGUCCCGCCUCGACUGUCUCCGCACAUACGCGUAACACUUCGUCCUCUUCACUUCCAUCAGCGGGUAGCGAGACCUCGAAACGUUCUUCCUCACCACGUGGCAUUCUGGAUAUCCUGAAGCGGUCGAUUGAUGAAUAUUUUUCGUCUCCGAUAGCUUCCUUCUCUUCAUCGUUCUCGUCGUCGUUUUCUUCGUCUAGAACGAUUACGCCGGAGCCGAUUAAGGAUGAUAGAGAUGAAGUGUGGGAGGAACAGUAUGAUUAUCGGAAAUACAGCUCACCGCCACCACCACGACCUACUACUCCAAUUCCUAUUCCGCAGCCUAAGAAACCACCAUAUACAAUGACUCCAGUACCAACACCGAUUACUGCCCUCCAUAUGUCCCGGCCUGAGGUCGUCAUCACUACACCAACAAAAAGGAGUAUGACUCCCAGACCCAACACUUCACAAGAUAUCGACUCCGAUAGCAUGGACCCCCGCUGUCGAGAGUCUCACAUCAGAGUCGAAGCGACAUUCAUCCCUCACCCAACCUUCAAAGCUUCACCACAAAAGUCAUUCCAUCCGAUCGACUCUGUCAGUUCACUUCUUACACCACCACUUCUCUCUUCUGAGUUUGAAGCUCAAGAUAAACCUUCAUCAUCUACAACUAAAUCAUCGCCUACAAGGUCUGCGGCAAAGAUGGCGCCAGGUGCUCCGAAAAAGCCAAAACAGGCGUCAGUAAAGGUGGACUCGGGUAGGAGAUUGAAUAGACAGGAUUUAUUCACUCACGAUACUUCACCGGAAGAUAUUGCGAAAUUGUAUCAUGAUGGUGAGAGGGAUGAGCUGACUACGGAUAUGUUUGGUGUUGCUGGGGAUCUUGUUAGUUCCUACGAUAAGGAGAAACAUAACCUCUUCAGCAAAGAUGAAGAUCAAAAGAAGCAAACACAACAACCCACCAAGCACGGAAAGAACGACUCCGGAACGAAACCCGAUCCAAAGCCUGUAGCCCAAACACUAAAAGAACUCCAAAGAACCAAGACGGCAAAUCUGAAACGCAAGUACGAAGUGGAACCGGUGUCGCGAAUGAGUUCUGUUUCGGAGACGGAUGAUGAGGAUAUUGAACCAGAGCCUAAACGAAGAUGCCAAAAGGGUAUCAUGUUGAAUGAGAGGGUGACUGAGAAGGUGAAUGAGAAGGUGAAAGUAAAGAGUGGUCUCGAUAAGAAAUCAAAGCCGAAGACGUACACCAGAAAGGUGAAAAUGCUAUCACAGCUAUCUCCUUAUGAUAAACCCAAGGCCAACGAAAACCCCCAAAUCUCAGACGCAAAGGGAAAAGGCAAAGAAAAAGCCCAAGAACCCAAAGCAGCAACGAAAGCUGGCAAGAAACGCAGAAUCGACCUCGCAGGCUCCAUCGUCUCGACCGAAGUCCCAGCAUUCAAACGACCUCGUCCUAAUCCAUCUUCACCUCAUCCGAGCUCUACCUCCAGCCCUCGUCAUACCCAGAAGUCCAAGUAUGAACGACGUUCCCCAUCGAAGGAGGCGCAGAAGAUUAUGAGCGAUCUGUACGAUGCUUCUCUAGAAUCACGUUCAUCUCCAUCUCACUCUCACGCUCAACAUCGAUCAAGUCCAUCAAAAUCUUCCCCUCAACUCACCCGCUCCAUCUUCCAUACCCACCUCACCACCUUCGAACACGAAGAACAAGAUGACAACACCGCGGAACGCGAGCGUAAAGGCGUGUCUAAGCCUAAAAAACCGGCGAUGAACGCCCACUCGUAUAGUAACGCGGCGGAGAGAGAAUUGGAGAGGAAGGGGGAGGUGAGUAAGGCGAAGAGAGAGAAGUUUAGGAGGGAUGUGGGGAGGAUUGGGAGGAUGGAGUUUUUUGGGCGGGAGGAUGUGGGGACGAUGGGGAAGGAGGAGGUUGAGGGCGUUUUUGAGGGGGCGGGGUUUUGUGUUUAG